AUGUGUGCUAGAAAGCAGGGAAACGAAAAAUGUCAGUGCCACGUGUCACGUCGAUUUUUUAGCCCGCCGCAUCGCGAUGCUAGCAUCGCGAUGAUUUUUUUGUCUCUCUACCGUACGAAACAGCUGACGAGGUUUGUGUACCCGCCCCUCCCCCACUCCUCGGUCACACCGCCCUGGAAGCCGAAUUCAGAGUUGACCAGGGGCUACGAAACGCGAUUGGCCCGGCCCCUCUCUCGGCUAACUAUCGACGAUGACGACGAUGACGACAGGAAAACGAACUCUGACGGCCACAGCUUUUCCGCCGGUUUCGAAAGGUGGCUGGGUAAAUGA